GGUGUGAUUGUGUGUUGUCUCCAGUGACGGCUCAUUAUGUGGGAGUAAUUACGGCCGGUGGAGAGAAGGACUCCUGCAGCUGCGGCUCUCAUCAGUCAUGGAGAGCGUCUUCAGAGGUCUGACCGCCGCCGCCUUCCUGCACUCCUGGACUCGGUUCGACCGCCACGAUGACGGGUUCAUUGACCGGAAGAACCUGGACGAGUUUUUACGGCAGCUGAUGAAGACGCUGAAGACUUGUGAUGCGUCUGAGCAGCAGGUUCAGAAGGUCAGAGGGAUGAUUCUGUCCAGCUGUGACGUCACUGGAGACGGACGCCUGCCGAUGGAGCAGUUGGCGGCUGCGGUUCUUCCUGAGGAGGAGAACUUCCUGCUGCUGUUCCGCAGGGAGGCGCCGCUGGAGAACAGUGUGGAGUUCAUGAGGAUCUGGCGCCGCUAUGACGCUGACAGCAGCGGAUACAUCUCUGCCGCAGAGCUGAAGAGUUUCCUGCGGGAUCUUUUCCAUCAGCACAACAGACAGAUCACUACAGACCGACUGGAGGAGUACACCGAUACCAUGAUGAAGAUGUUUGACAAGAACCAGGACGGUCGUUUGGAUCUGAAUGAUAUGGCGAGGAUCCUGGCGCUGAAGGAGAACUUCCUGCAGAAGUUUGAGAUGCAGGCCUGCAGUCAGGAGGAUCGCCGGAGAGACUUUGAGAAGAUCUUUGCUCACUAUGACGUGAGUAACACCGGCGCUCUGGAGGGAGCAGAGGUCGACGGCUUCGUCAAAGACAUGAUGGAGCUGGUGAAGCCCAGUCUCACCGGGACGGAUCUGGACAAGUUCAGACAGGCUCUGCUGGGUCACUGUGACCUCAACGGAGACGGAAAGAUCCAGAAGAACGAGCUAGCGCUGUGUCUAGGGCUCAAACUCUGAGGAGCCUAAUUACACCACAUGUGUGUGUGUGACAGUAAUUACUGAUCAGUGUGUGUGUGUGUGUCAUUAGUGUCUGUCACUCACACCAGUGUGUGUGUGUGUGUGUGUGUGGUCAGGGCCGUAACCACCAUAGACACUGAGGAACACCCCAAUAAUUAUUACGCUCCGCUCUGUUUGUUGUUAUGAUGACAAACACUUUUACAUUUCUAUAUUUAGUCUGCUCUGUCUCAGCAUCUAAAUAUGCUAUUAUUCACAUGAUUCAAGUAGUUUCAUUCAUAACUGAAUGUGAUUAGAUGAGAAACAUUUUGCAUUUUCAUAUUAGAUAUACGAAUAAGUGUGAAUGUGCACAGCAGAGUUAAAUCAACUCUGAUCGGAGUACAUUUGGUCCCUCUCUAUAUAGUGUUAAAGCAUUUUAAUUAAUUAAAUUAAGUGAUAAAUGAGCAUUAGUGAUGAACACCUGCUGUUAACAAGCAGAAUCACUGAAGAAAAGUUAAGAUCUUGAGAGAUAUAAUGUCAUUUAUCUUCAGUUGAUUUCAUCUAAGACUGUGGCUGAAGUCAGUUGUAGUUUCUCUUUUCUUCAGUGAUUCUGCUUGUUAACAGCAGGUGUUCAUCACUACUCCAAGCAGAGUUCAUUUAACUCUGGUGAUUUUUCUGUGUGUGCAUAUUUUAAAAGUUUAAAUUGAUUUCUUCAUAACUACAGUAGAUCUGGAACAUUUACCUCUAUUAUUUCUUUCGCUUCAUUCCCUUAAAUCAAUUUUACUCUUUUAAUUAUUUAAUCCCCCGUGUCAGGUGAUCAUUAAUCAGUGAUUAUUAGUCAUGAAAUCAAGGCAGAUGCUUCUAGUUCAUUUUUAUUCAUAAAUGUAAAUGCAUGGAAAGUUAAACUUGAUUGUAUUUGUAAUAAGUUUAUGCCUAAUUUCCUUUUUAUGUCUACAAAUCAUUUUAUGUAGUUAUUACUUUGUUUUUAAUUUAUUAUCUUAAAGUUCUUAAUGUAUUCACAUUCAUUUAGUUUAGUUCCUGUUAUGUGCAGUGAUGAUAUUUGUAUUGUGUAUUUUACUGUAUUUACUUCAUCUGAAAUACAAUUAUAUCAUUAUAUAUGUACAAUAUUUGUGGUGUUUAAUAAUAAUAAUAAUAAAGAUAAUAAUCUGAA